CUGCCUUCCCUUAAAGUGAAGGAAGCCCCAGGCCUUAAUGAGAGGGCAACAUGGACCCCAAAAGGUCUGUGCUGAGGUACCCUGGUGUGCAGCUCUGCAGCCUGGUGAGCACCAUACCUGAGCACCUGCUGGUGUGUGCACACUAAGGAUGGUUUCCACAGAGCAUCAGCUGACAACUCUUGUCCUUUGCCCACUCGAGAAAUCGCUCUGCUGGAGAGGGCAGAAGAGCCCAGCACCCUGUGAGCAGAGAUAAAGCAGGCACACAGCAGCCCUGCAGAGCUGCACCACUGCUUGCCUUCUCUGGGAUGCAAACUACCUUGAUCUGCCUGUGCCCAGCAGCUAUCAGUUCAGAUCAUGAGGCUGGGUUCAGCCCAGCAGCUGUCCUUUAAGGACAAGAGCUCUGAUUAUCUGCAACUUAAAUACAGACUUCUGGCUUGAGGGCACAUGAUUCUCACUGCUAGCACCACCGGUCCCCUGCAAAAGGGCUCGACUCUCUUCCUGUUCACUUGCCUGCAAGAUUAGGGUGUAGAAUUCUCUCUGCAGAAGCCCCAGCCAUAAAUACUUUAUCCAGUUCCAUGUUACGUCAGCAGUAGUGCACCUGCUCUCUCGCACUGCAGAGACAUGGAAAUCUCUGGUUUCAGAGUACAAGGAGCUUAAAUGGGUACUAACACCCAGUUUAGUAAAAGUGGAUCUAGGCCAGUUUCAGACUCUGGUUAAUGCACCACCUCCAGCACAGGCAUUUCUCUGGUCCCACUGAGCAGCACUGAAGCCCUGGCCAAGGCACAGCCUGGUCAGCUGGCUCACAGUGGCACAGUUCUGGAGUGUCAGCAUCAUGGUCUGCACCCUGUUCAGUGCCACUUAGCGGUCUGCAGCACCUUACCACUCCCAGGAACAAAAGACUCAGCUUCUGGGGGAAACAGAUCCCUUUCUGUGGGGUUGAUAUGAGCGAUAAACUCACAGCGAUGACUUUGCAUGACUGCACACAACCUGACCAAGCAUCAGCCACCAUUAGGCAUAGCCCUGUGCCCUGCUGGGUUGGCAGGGGCAGUGCUGGGUGCCCUGUUCCUGCCUCUUGUUCCCUGCCCAAGGUGGAGAGCCAGGGGGUGCAGGAUUGCACCCCGCCGGCAGUCAGAGCCUGCAGCUCUACAGGAAUGCAAUGAGGAGCUGCCCUCGUCACCCUGGCGAGGCGGCCCGGGGCCUGUGUGCACAGCUAUUUUGGUCCGUCUUUUUAUCACACACUCCUCCCUGUGGAAUUCACCCAACUAAAACCUUGCAAUCUGCAGCCUUCGCUCUCAGAGGCAGUGAGAGCUUGGACAGGCCUGUUCCUCAGCUUGCCAUGGCCGCGCGGACGGUGCCCCACGCCUACCCCAUGAGCUCAGAGUACGAGUUCGCCAACCCCAGCAAGAUCUACGACCAGAACUUUGGAGAAGGUGUGUCCCCAUGCGAGAUUUUAGCCCCUGCCCUGUACCAUGGCUACUACAUCAGGCCUCGGAUCAACAAGCAGCUGGAUCGAGGCACCUCAGAGGUCAGCCUCAAUGACCACAAGUACCAGGUGUUCCUGGAUGUCUGCCACUUCCUGCCUGAUGAGCUGACAGUGCGCACUGUGGACAACCUGCUGGAGGUGGUGGGGCAGCACCCCCAGAGGGCUGACCGCCACGGCUUCAUCUCCAGAGAGUUCACCAGGACCUACAUCCUCCCGCUGGACGUCGACCCCUUGCUGAUGAGAGCCACCCUGUCCCACGAUGGCAUUCUGAGCAUCGUGGCACCCCGAACGGGAAAGGAGGUGAAGGCCAGGAUCAUCAAAGUGAAAAUAAUCCAGGAGGACACAACGGGGCAGGAAGAACUGUCUGAGGAAGGAAAAGGGAGGGAAGAAUCCUAAAGGCCCCAAAGCUGGGCUUGAGCAGGGAAGGGGGGGAGGGUAGUGAGGGGAGUUACUGUGCCAGGCCCCUGUUUCUCACCAUCAACGUUUAGAAGGGCUGGGAUACAGCUGUACAUAUGCCAGACUUCUGCUUCUCAAGGCUGAUGGUUGGAAGAAGGGGCUUGGAAAUGAAAAAACAGGGGGACUAAAGUGUUCAUGGGAGGGACUCUAAUGCAAGUUUUUCUCCUGGGUGCCCAUCAAGCACCAUGGCCUUCUCUUGCCCCACAGUGCAAGGGAUGUUCUCACCCAAUGCUCUGAGGCUCUGCACCUGCCCGUGCAAUCCCAGCACCUUGCUGGUGGCUGGCCUGUGUGGAGAUGCAAUGCUGCUGAGUACCCACAGCUCUAGAAUGGAAAGAGGAAUAAAUCUGCCUCCAAGCCUCUCUCAUUUUCCUUGGAUUCACACUGUUCCUGGUCACAGUACUCGCAGCAGGAAGGAUGGAUGAUGUCUUGGUGGCUUGGGAUACAAGGAGCAGAACAGUGGAGAGUUCAUGCUGAGCUCGUCUGGAGAAGAGUCCCAUAAAUGAGAGUUCUGCCCCUUUUUCAGUCAUGGUGAAGCUACCAGCUACAUGAGAAAUGUCCUCACAGCCCUGUGACGUGGGGCCGGGGAUCGGGUGUAUUGCUGUCAGUGGCACCUGCUGCCCAGCCAGCCCCAGGGUUCAGCAGGCGUCAGGCACAAUCCUUGUCUGUGCCAAUUAAAGCAGCCAGAAUGCUGUGUCACUGGCCAAAUAUGGGGGCACUGGCACAGAUCAGUGCAGCCCUCCUAUGGGAUAGAGAAAAGCCUCUUCCUGCCAGAAUGUGGCUGCAGUCUUCUGCACUCCUCUCUGUUAGGAAGGAGGGCCAGUGAAUAAUUCAGAUGACGCCAAAAUAAAAAUCACCUUUUCAGCA